AUACAAAGCGUCAAAAUCUUCUCUCUCGCAUUAUACACACACACAUAUAUAUAUACACACACCCCCCUCACUUUUAUCCACGCAGAAACAACCAUUUCUCUUAACCAACAAAAGAAGAAAAGAAAAACCCUUUGAGUUAGCAAUGGCUCUGAGCCUGUUCGGUGGACGACGAAGCAACGUCUUCGACCCUUUCUCGCUAGACAUAUGGGACCCUUUUGACGGCUUCCCCUUCACGACGUCCGUGGCCAACGUGCCGUCGAUGGGGCAGGAGACGACGUCGGCGAUCGCCAACACCCGAAUCGACUGGAAGGAGAGGCCGGAGGCGCACAUAAUCAAGGCCGACCUGCCGGGGCUGAAGAAAGAGGAGGUUAAGGUUGAGGUGGAGGACGGGAUGGUGCUCAAGAUCAGCGGCGAGAAGGCCCGGGAGAAGGAGGAGAAGGACGACAAGUGGCACCGCGUCGAGCGGUCGGUCGGGAAGUUCAUGAGGCGGUUCCGGCUGCCGGAGAAUUGCAGGACGGACCAGGUCAGGGCCACCAUGGAGAACGGGGUGCUCACAGUGAUCUUGCCCAAGGAGGAGGAGAAGAAGCCUGACGUUAUGUCUGUUGAGAUUUCUGGCUGAAAUCAAAGUUUCAAGUUACUGCGUUUCGGUUAAGAACUCUCUUUUUUUUUUUUGUGUUAAUAUAUAUAUAUAUGUAUAUUUAUUAUAUAUCUAAGUGCGAAAAGAUGGUUUAUGUGUGUUUGUAUAGUUAUGUUUUUCUUUGGUUUUGUAAUCAGAAGUGCACCGUGUGCGCAUUUAGAAUCGUGGUUUUUUGGGGUGUAAAAACAUGUGUAUAGCACCGUGCAUGAAGGGUAUGUAAGUGACGAAGAUUGCAGUACAGUACAAUGUAUAUAAGGUUGCAGAUAAAUAUGUGAA